ACUGGCGUCCCGGAACAGGGAGUGCUCGAUGCCCCCUCCCUAUGCCACCCCCCAUGCUGCCCCUGUCCCGCUGGCUGAGAUCUGUGGGGGUCUUCUUGCUGCCAGCCCCCUGCUGGGUGCCCCGGGAGAGGUGGCUGGGUUCCCUACGGCGGCCCUCCCUGGUGCAUGGGUGCCCAGUCCUGGGGGCCUGGCACAGUGCCCGCUGCUGGUGCCAAGCGUGGACAGAGGAGCCUCGAGCAUUUUACUCCUCCCUCAGAAUGAAUGGAGACCAGAAAUUGGAUGUUUAUGCCCAAGAAAGGCAGGAUUUCAUCCAGCACUUCUCCCAGAUUGUCAAGGUGCUGACUGAGGAGGACAUUGCACACCCAGAGACAGGAGAUGCUAUUGCCCGACUCAAGGAGGUCCUGGAGUACAAUGCCAUCGGAGGCAAGUACCAUCGGGGUUUGACAGUGCUGGUAGCGUUCCGGGAGCUGGCGGAGCCCAGGAAGCAGGAUGCUGAGAGUCUCCGGCGGGCCCUGACCGUGGGCUGGUGUGUGGAACUGCUCCAAGCCUUCUUCGUGGUGUCAGACGACAUCAUGGAUUCAUCCCUCACCCGACGGGGCCAGAUCUGCUGGUAUCAGAAGCCAGACAUAGGUUUGGAUGCAAUCAAUGAUGCUUUCCUUCUGGAAGCAUGUGUCUACCGCCUGCUGAAGUUCUACUGCCGGGAGCAGCCCUAUUAUAUGAACCUGAUUGAGCUCUUCCUGCAGAGUUCUUAUCAGACUGAGAUCGGACAGACCCUGGACCUCAUCACGGCCCCCCAGGGCAAUGUAGAUCUUGGCAGAUUCACUGAAAAGAGGUACAAAUCUAUUGUCAAGUACAAGACAGCUUUCUACUCCUUUUACCUUCCUGUAGCUGCUGCUAUGUAUAUGGCGGGCAUUGAUGGGGAGAAGGAGCAUGCCAAUGCCAAGAAGAUCCUGCUGGAGAUGGGAGAGUUCUUCCAGAUUCAGGAUGAUUACCUUGAUCUCUUUGGGGAUCCCAGUGUGACGGGCAAGAUCGGCACUGACAUCCAGGACAACAAGUGCAGCUGGCUGGUGGUUCAGUGUCUGCAACGGGCCUCUCCGGAACAGCGCCAGAUCCUGCAGGAGAACUAUGGGCAGAAGGAGGCCGAGAAGGUGGCCCGGGUAAAGGCUCUAUACGAGGAGAUGAAUCUUCGGGCUGUGUUCACGCAGUACGAGGAACACAGUUACAGCCGCAUUAUGGGUCUCAUUGAACAGUAUGCUGCGCCCCUGCCCCCAGCCAUCUUCCUGGGGCUGGCAAACAAGAUCUACAAGCGGAAAAAGUGACUUAGAGACUGUGAAGGUGGAGAGGGGAGGCUCUCAAUAAAUUGUUGUCUAACCUGU